GCUGACGGUCGCUACUGUUCUUUAUAAAACUAUGACGGUACUCAACAGACGAGCUAAUACAUAAACAUGUCUGGAAGAGGAGGAAAGAGCGGAAAGUCCAGAGCCAAGGCCAAGAGCCGCUCCUCCAGGGCCGGACUCCAGUUCCCCGUCGGCCGUGUCCACAGGCUGCUAAGGAAGGGAAACUAUGCGGAGCGUGUCGGUGCCGGAGCUCCCGUCUACCUGGCGGCUGUGCUGGAGUACCUGACCGCCGAGAUCCUGGAGCUGGCUGGAAACGCCGCCAGAGACAACAAGAAGACCCGCAUCAUCCCCCGUCACUUGCAGCUGGCUGUCCGCAACGACGAGGAGCUCAACAAGCUGCUGGGCAGAGUAACCAUCGCUCAGGGUGGCGUGCUGCCCAACAUCCAGGCGGUGCUGCUGCCCAAGAAGACCGAGAAGGCUAGCAAAGCCAAGUAAAGACCCGGAAGCACAACAACCCUCAAAGGCUCUUUUCAGAGCCACACACCUUCACUGAAAACUUGAUCCUAAAUAUAUAUGAAUAAAUAUGAAAUAUAUACAGAUUAUAGGUUAUACAGGUUGCACAAAUCUAGUAAAGAAUAUAUAAACACAAUUAAAAUAAA